GCGCGUCUCCUCCCUCCCGCUGCUGCUGCCACUGCCGGGCCAGCCGGGGCUGCGGGCAUCUACCACCUCGGCUCCGGGGCUCGAAGAGGGGAGGUGGGAGGGGGCCGCCACCGACCCUCGCCGCUGCGCGCUGGGGAGCGGGGAGCGCGGCCGCACCAUGGGCAAGGACCAGGAGCUGCUGGAAGCCGCUCGCACGGGGAACGUGGCUCUGGUGGAGAAACUCCUGUCUGGGAGGAAAGGCGGGAUCCUGGGCAGUGGAUCCGGAGCUAUUCCCUUAUCCAGCUUGCUGAGCAUCUGGCGAGGACCAAAUAUAAAUUGUACAGACAGCUCAGGUUACACUGCUUUACACCAUGCAGCUUUAAAUGGACACAAGGAUAUUGUUCUCAAAUUACUUCAGUUUGAAGCAUCAACUAAUGUGGCAGAUAACAAAGGUUAUUUUCCUCUGCAUUUGGCUGCUUGGAGAGGAGAUGUAGACAUUGUGAAGAUUCUCAUCCAUCAUGGGCCAUCACACUCCAGAGUGAAUGAACAGGUCCGCUGCUGUCCUUUCUCCACUCUCCACAGCCGGACUUCCAUGUCUUCUUCCCAGAACAAUGAAAACGAAACACCGUUGCAUUGUGCAGCUCAGUAUGGACAUUCAGAAGUAGUUGCUGUUCUACUGGAAGAGCUAGCAGACCCAACAAUAAGAAACAACAAAUUAGAAACUCCUUUGGAUCUGGCAGCACUUUAUGGGCGUCUACGGGUAGUAAAGAUGAUCAUCAAAGCCUAUCCAAAUCUGAUGAGCUGCAACACUAGAAAACAUACACCUUUGCAUCUUGCUGCACGUAAUGGCCACAAAGCUGUUGUACAGGUGCUUCUAGAGGCUGGAAUGGAUGUCAGCUGCCAAACAGAAAAGGGAAGUGCGCUACAUGAAGCUGCUUUAUUUGGAAAGGUGGAUGUAGUACGUAUUUUGCUAGAAACAGGAAUUGAUGCCUACAUAAAGGACAGUUUAGGUAGAACAGUUUUAGAUAUUCUUAAAGAACAUCCAUCUCAGCAAUCACUCCAAAUUGCUGCUCUACUUCAAGACUACAUGGAAACAGGAAAUGCAUCUGUUUCAGAGCAACCCAUGCAGGAAUGUCCACUGUCAGAACAGCAGUCUUCCAUUUUAUCCCCAGAAGUUUCUCCAUCCCAAAGGACUAAAAGUGAAGCUGUGACUGGAGAGUUAUCAAAGCUCUUAAAUGAAAUCAAGUUAUGCCAAGAAAAGGAGUAUUCUUUUGAAGAUCUGUCACAUACAAUAUCAGAACAUUUUUUGGACAAUUUUAGUAAGAUAUCAGAAGAAGAACUUGUGACCAGUGGAAGCCAAACAAAACUUAAUAUAAAGACUUCAUCAACAAACUUUUCACCAGGAGAAGAGGAAGAGGAAGAUGCGGGUGAAAACAGUUGUGGUCCCACAGGUUUAUGGGAAGCAUUAACACCUUGCAAUGGAUGCAGGAACCUUGGAUUCCCUAUUCUCACACAGGAGUCCUUUCCAAAGAAGAGGAGCUAUGCACUGGAAAUAAUACCAUCUGCUUCCCUUGAUAUACUUACUUCAGAAAAUGAGAACCAUUUCUGUGAUUCCAUGGAAAUAGCAGUUACAAAGAAACCAUGUUCAUUAGAAAUAGCAAGGUUAUCUUCCUCAAGAACAGUCUUGUCUCCAGCAAGAAGAAAAAAUAAUGCACCUCAGGUAGCAAUUACUGCACCAGGAACUGGUAACCAUAGAAACAGCUCUACAGGCCCAACACCUGACUGUUCUCCUCCAUCACCAGACACUGCACUUAAAAACAUAGUAAAAGUUAUACGCCCUCAGCCUAAACAGCGCACAUCAAUAGUAUCUUCUCUGGAAUUUCACCGACUGAAUCACAGCCAUGAUUAUUUUGAAAUCAGCUCGUCCAUUGGUCAUGCAAGCUUUACUUCCAGUCCUCCAGUCAGUCCAGCUAACUAUUCAACUGGAUCAGUUGAAGACAGUGUUGAAGAUGGUGAACUUUCAGAGAAUCUUUGUCUACAAGAAGUAUCCACUGAAAAUGAGCUUCCUGAAGAAAACCCUGCUGAACAAUUUGCUGGUCUGCUUCAUGGAUCAUCACCUGCCUGUGACCCACCUGAAAAUCCACUCCAGCUGUAUAGCAGAGUAGACCAGUGCAAUGAUUCACAAAGGAAAAGCAGCUUAAACAAGAAUACAGUGCAACAGACAUGGACACAACAAGAAAACAGCACUGAUGCCCCAGUUAAGAAAAAAAAACCACAAGUUGUAAGCAGAACCAUAUUUUAUACUAAAAUUAAACCAGUAGAAAAUCGUACAUUGGUUGGCACAACAACAAGGCUGGGCGAGCAAUGGGUAAUCACUACAGGGGGAUUUGUGGAGCGAGCUUGCACACUUGGAAGGAUACGAUCUUUGCCUAAGGCACUGCUUGAAAUGCAUUUAUCCAAAAAUGUUUCAAAGUCAGACUCUAAUCUUAUUUCCUAUCCACCUAAUGAGAAGAAAACGCGAAGUAACUGGGGUGAAGCCACACUAAGACAACAGAAUUCUAAAGGAAAUUCUGAACGAACACCGUCCUUCACUUCAGAAUGGGAAGAAAUUGAUAAAAUAAUAAGUUCCAUAGAUGCUGGAAUUAACACUGGGCUAGAAGAAAUGAAUGAUCAUAUUGCAAGACCCAGAUGCCCUGUUCAGACAGUGGGACAAUGGUUGGAAAAUAUUGGGCUACCUCAAUAUGAGAACCACUUGAUGGCUAAUGGAUUUGACAAUGUACAAUUUAUGGGAAGCAAUGUAAUGGAGGAUCAGGAUCUGUUGGAAAUAGGAAUACUUAACUCUGGGCACAGACAAAGAAUUCUGCAGGCAAUCCAGCUCCUUCCAAAGAUGAAACAAAUUGGUCAUGAUGGCUACAACCCCCCCUCUGUGGCUGAGUGGCUGGACUCCAUUGAACUGGGUGACUAUACCAAAUCCUUUCUGAUUAAUGGCUAUACAGCGAUGGACCUAGUGAAAAAAAUCUGGGAGAUUGAACUAAUGAAUGUCUUAAAAAUCAGCUUGAUUGGCCACAGAAAACGCAUUUUGGCAUCUCUAGGAGACAGGCUUCACGAAGAUCCUCCUCAGAAACCACCACGGUCAAUAACCCUCAGGGAACCCAGUGGUAACCACACUCCUCCUCAGUUGUCUCCAUCACUUAGCCAAAGCACAUACACUACUGGUGGCUCCCUAGACGUCCCUCACAUUAUCAUGCAGGGUGAUGCAAGAAGAAGAAGAAAUGAAAACUAUUUUGAUGAUAUUCCCCGGUCAAAGUUGGAAAGGCAGAUGGCACAGCAGUCGUCUGUCUGUGAGAUAUGGACCAACCAGAAUGCAGGAUAUCCUUUCUCAUCGAUCCAUCAGGUUCAUAAUACAGGAGACUGGGGAGAACCUUCAAUUACCUUACGACCUCCUAAUGAAGCCACAGCAUCGACACCAGUACAGUACUGGCAACAUCACCCAGAGAAACUCAUCUUCCAGUCAUGUGAUUAUAAAGCAUUUUAUUUAGGUUCUAUGCUGGUAAAAGAGUUAAGAGGCACAGAAUCAACACAGGAUGCCUGUGCAAAGAUGAGGAAGUCUACAGAGCAAAUGAAGAAAGUACCUACUAUUGUUCUAUCAGUCUCUUACAAGGGAGUCAAAUUUAUUGAUGCAACAAAUAAGAAUAUUAUUGCUGAACAUGAAAUCCGCAACAUUUCUUGUGCUGCACAAGAUCCUGAAGACCUCUCAACAUUUGCCUACAUCACUAAAGACUUGAAGACUAACCACCACUACUGCCAUGUAUUCACUGCAUUUGACGUGAAUUUAGCCUAUGAAAUCAUUCUUACACUAGGACAAGCAUUUGAGGUUGCCUAUCAGCUUGCUCUACAAGCACGCAAAGGAGGCCAUUCUUCAACCCUUCCAGAAAGCUUUGAAAAUAAACCCACCAAACCAAUUCCAAAACCACGGGUUAGCAUUCGAAAGUCUGUGCAGAUAGAUCCAUCUGAACAAAAGACUCUUGCCAAUCUACCAUGGAUUGUAGAACCUGGACAAGAAGCCAAAAGAGGCAUUAAUACCAAGUAUGAAACUACAAUUUUCUGAUACAAAACUGUCCUCUGUUCCUUGUUGUGCCUUGCACUCCAAGCAGUCACAGCACAGCCUUUCCUUUACGGCAACGUUUCAGUCCAGCAGAGAGGAAGACUGCACUGUAAGAGUGGCCUUGUAACUAACAAAAAAAAAAAAAGGCUGAUAGUCAUUUCUGGUGAUGUUCUUCCUGCAGCACUGACAGAAGAAUGACACUAUUUGAAGACUUUUACAUUACAGUCCACAAGAGGAGAGAGAAAAAUACUAUUUUUCAUGCAGUUCUCUCUUGUGAUUUUGCCACAGUGCUUUCUUUGAUUUCUUAUUUUAGGAAUAUACUUUUUAAAGAGGUCUCUAAACUAACAUUAAUGCUGCCGAUGAGUAUGACAUUUGAUUGGUUUUUUAUUUAAAUCUUGGCAGUUUUUAAUUGAAAUAGAAACCAGAAUUAUUAAAUAUCGUAUUUGUGAAACCACUGGAUUCCUAAAGAAUUACUCUUUAUUGACUAAAAGUCAAAGAUGACAAUAAAUUAGGUACCCUGAUUUCUGUGUGUGCUGGUUUUAUAUGUAAUCGUUAGUGUCCUUUGGUCCUCUACAAAAAUAAGAGCCUAUCACGGUCUGAUAAAGGAUCAGAAUUUUAUGAAUGGUUAAACAGAGGAAUUAAUAAUGCACAAAAAACAUGUCUUGUAUUACAUAUUUUUUAUGGAAGAGGAAUGCUAUAGAACAUAGUAAUAUUUAUGAGAGAGGAAGUCAGAUUAAUUAUGAAAGAUUAUUUAUUUUAAAGUUAACUAAACCAUUGCUAUUGUACCAUUAGCAAAAUGCUAAGAGUUGUGGCAUCAAUGCACUGGAUGCUUCAUCUGAUGGGAGCAGAAUUGGAAGCAGACUAGUCAUUGCACUACACGUACAUACAGUUUACAAAGUUUAACAUUGCUAUAGCCAUGAAUUCUACUAGUAUUUUUAAAAAUCUCAGUGGUUCUAAAGAACAUAUUCAAAACUAGCGCUUUUGCUUUCAAGGUUUCUGUCACAGAAAGCUUGUUUGAAAGAAGUGUUGAUAAAGUACUAACAUUUUCUAAAUAAAAAAAGAAAGAAAAAGAAAAAAAUUCCAAAGUAAUAAUAAUAAUGUUUUCAUGAAACAAAAAAAGGUUAAGCAUUUGUUUGACCUUUGAUUAAUGAAAUUUACUUACAUUUUCUUUAAAGUGUUUUAAUUUUUUUAAUGUCUGUGGAGUAUUUGUAUAAUACCAUGAUGUAUAUUUAUGUAGAACUGAAUUAUAACAGUACAAAUAUCAUUAUAGGAAAAAAAUGACAUUUUAAUGUAUAUUGUUCUAUCCAGUCAAAUUGUGAAUCAUUUUGGAGUUCAUUAUAGAGAUAUUGAUAAAUUGUGUGGUUGUCUUAAUGUUUUUUUAUUAUUAUUAUUUCAUAUCUGACUGAGGUUUUCAGCUACAAUAAUCAAUUGGUGAAUUCCAAAAAUGGAAAACUGAACUUAGUUUAAAAUUGAUAACUGUAUAUGGGUUAGUUAAACCGAAUUAUAGCUUGGAGUAAUGAAAACUUUUAAUACGGUAUUCAAUUUACUUGAACAAAAUAGUUUCUUGUACAUAUUUUGCCUAUUCACUGUUGAUAUGUAUGUAGUAAACUGACAUUAAAAAGAAAAGAAAACCUUCACUAAAAAUAUGGUACCAAAAGGAAAAUUGUAUAGGAGAACAGUAAAUAGUAGCCUCACUGCAACAAAUACUUAUGUAAAUAUGCUUGGGCUUCCAGUUAUAAAUUUUGUAAUUUUGUCAUUUAUUUAUAUCCUAUAAAAGCACACAAAAUAAAACAAAGUUGUACAGUCA